AUUGCAACAAUAAGCCUAAAUAGAGUGUCCUCACCCCUCGCCUCACAAUCCUCAAAAUCACCAUCAACAUCUUCUUCUCCUUCAGCAUUCUCUCCUUCUUCACAUCUUCAGAACCAAACCCCUAGACCCAAAACGAUGGAAGAGGUUUGGAAAGACAUUAAUCUUACUCCUCUUCAUGAUCACUCUUCCAGGGAUGGCCUUUCUGUAAACCCAAAUACUCACAACCCGCAUUUUGUGCUUCAGGAUUUUCUUGCCAGACCUUUUAGCAAACACCCACCAACAAAUAGAGUCUCCACAAACGGGGAGACUACGCUCUAUGGUUCCCCAGUGCCACCUUCUGCCACUGUUUUGAGCCUGAAUUCGGGUCCAGGCCUAAACUUGGAUCCUCUCAUGUCUAACUCGCGUUUGAAACGGAGCCCUAUUUCGAAUUUGUCCACUUUCACCUGUCCAUUCGAGGCUUUAUCAUCAUCUUCUAGUUUGGUUUCUUUUAGUAAGAAAAGGGUCCAAGAAUCUGAUAGCAGGUCUGGAGAUCGGCGGCACGAGCGUAUGAUCAAGAACCGAGAGUCUGCAGCUCGAUCAAGAGCUAGGAAACAGGCUUACACAAAUGAGUUAGAGCUUGAAGUUGCCCACCUUAUGGAAGAGAAUGCAAGACUCAAGAGACAGCAAGAACAGUUACGCAUAGCUGCUGCCGCUCAACUUUCCAAAAAGCGCACACUUCAGCGAACGUCAACGGCUCCAUUUUGAGGAAUAUCAAUCUGUGCAUUCCUUUUAUCAAAUCUCUCCCUCUUUCUUUUUUUCGCUCUCAGAGCAGCUGAGGUCCUUUAAGCUAGAAAAGGAAUGAGUUUGUAUAGGUUUUGGGGAGGGCUAUUUCAAGUCUGGUGUAGGUGAAAAGGGUCGUACCUCUAGCAAGUGCAAAGACAGUUGAUCUUGAGAAAGAAACAUGAAUUGUGGGCAAGGAGGGAAGUGAAGUAUUUUUGCCUUUCCUAAUAUGCAGGAACUUUAGUAUGGUGGGUCUUUGCUUGCUUCCUCAGUUGGAUUGUACACUUCCUUGGACAACUGACUUUUU